CCCACGGGCUGAAUAAAAAAAAAAAAAGAACAUGGCAUAUAGACCCAACAAGGACCAGCAACAUACUGGUAUAUAUCACUGGAGUUUGAGUCGUUAUACCAGGAUGAUGCCUGCAGAUUGCUUUUACCAGCAGCUGGAGAAGAUGCCGCCUUCCCCCACGGCCUUCUCGGGCAGUCCUGUGCCAUCGGGGGAACCUGAGAAAGCAGCCAGUGUUUCUGCCAGCGGACCAAAGAGCUGAUUGAAGACUAGAAUGGCUCCAAUCAUCUCUAUAGUCUAAGAAGUCGGAAGCUAUGAGCAU